UGGAGGUUGCACUUCAGAAGAGUCUGUUGAUUAUGUGCUUGAUAUUAUCGCUGAGGUAUCUUUUUGUAUUUUUCUGCCGGGGAUGGGCCAGAUUGGGAAGGGCGGUACGAGGGUGAGACUUGGCGUUGGUGUUUUGGAACAUCAAAGAUGGACAGGGUUUUCGCGGAGGUCGCUCCUCGGAUAUCUCCACAACUACAGGUCGGGGGUCUUCCAAAAUCGAGAAGAUUGGUGCAUAUGGCUAGGUCACUUCACCUUACAAUUUGUAUGGCACUCUGGCCCGGGGUUGUGGUGUGGUAGGGGAGAACGGGGGAUAAUCCCACACAGGAGCUUCGAACAACGUCCGGUUCACGUUUGGCUGGAUAACUCCACCACCACACGGGGUAUGCGGUCGGCGAUGGGGUCAAAAUGCUCGUAUGAUCGAGGGCUUUUCGAUGGAUCUAUCGGCGGGUUCUUAUUCGAAAAAUCGAGCGAGUUCGUGGUGGAGCGGGUUGUUGUAGCUGCAAGAGUACAGAUAAAGCUGUGA